AUGGCUAGUGAGGAGAGUUUCGCAGUGUUGGUUCACCACAGAGGAACCAUUAAGAAGAAAUCUCGUUCUAGUGUGAAGUUCACUGAUAAGGAUCCUCUCUGCAUUAUCGUAACGCCUACGACAAGGUAUGAGGACCUUGUUAGCUCUGUACUGCAGAAACUCGGGCUGGAAGGUGUGAAACGGUUUCCAGAGGUUAGGACACCAGAACUGUUGGCAAAGUUGGUUGACGCGGUGUCCAACUCGGGGGGUUCGAACCGGAAUACCACCACUUUAGCCACGGUAGCCGGUUCUAGCUCCAGGCCUGCCGUUGCAUCUUUCUCCGUCCCUGCGUACGAGCCACCCAUCCAACCUGUCGCCUCCCCUUCGUUCGCUGUUGACCUCAUCGGCAGUGUAGGCGACGAGGUCGGUGAAGGUGGGUAUCUGCCGACAUCUUUACAGUGUGCUGCACCGGCUGGGGUUGGAGAUGGAUUCUUGGAUGAUCCAGAGGACGAUGACGUCGAGCCGGAUAUGAUUGCUGAUGACAGUGGGGAUGAUGUUGGAGCAAGUGAGCCUGCUGGGGUGGUCGGUGGUUCUAGCUCCAGCACGCAGCAGUACCCUCCGCAUUUUUCCUCUUUGGACUUGGAUGCCAUGAGGCAGGAGGGGGUUGCUGGGCAGCCGGCUGGAUUUGGCGCUAGAGAUGCUGAAGGGUAUGCAGGUCUGACAGAGUUUCAGGUUGGUCAGCAAUUUCCGGAUAAAGAACAGGCCCUGUUAAGUGUCAAGACUUACAGCAUACGGCGAGGGGUACAGUACAAGGUGGUGGAGUCCGACUAUCGCCGCGCAAGGGCAUUUGGGAGGUCAAAAGUUACAACGGACCGCAUACUUGUCUCACCACCUCCAUUUCCAGCGACCACAAAAGUUUGGAUUACCAUGUGA